CAUGCCAACAACCCACCAUUAAUGUGAUGACCUCUGAAAAAGGCACGACCUUUCUUGCUUCGGAAUGAGUCAAAGACAGUGGGCGUCUCUUUCUUGUAUCGGUGGGUUUGAAUUUGUGUUUGGAGAUUUAAAAGAAAGGGAAGAGGGAGAGUUCUGGGUCGGUGUUAAAAUGGAAGGAGAAGGGAGAUCACUGGCUGAGACCCCGACAUAUUUAGUGGCGACCGUGGUCAGUGUCUUGGUUGCUCUGGGUUUCUUCUUUCAUGGCUCUUUGAAGAGGGUUGGAAAGUGGUUAGACAAGACUAAGAGGAAAUCUCUCUUUGCUGCUCUGGAGAAGAUUAAAGAAGAGCUUAUGCUUUUCGGGCUCCUGUCUCUGCUGAUGGGUCAUUGGAUAAGAUUCGUAGCAAAAAUUUGCAUCAAAUCCUCGGCCUUAAGCAGCCGGUUUUAUCCAUGCGCAAGAGAAGGUGACUUUAGAAACGGGGACCACAUUCUCUUUCCGAAUUCAGGUUAUCCGAAUAACUCGAAGGAACAGGUGAUUGCUGGGAAGCAUGAUUUCUGUCCUGAGGGUCAUGAAUCUUUUGCUUCAUACGAAAGUCUUGAGCAGCUUCACCGUUUCUUGUUUGUCCUGGCAAUUGUCCAUGUUUCUUACAGCUUUGCGGCAAUCGUGCUUGCUAUGAUUAAGAUAUAUAGCUGGAAAACAUGGGAAAACCAAGCAAAGACAAUGGCCAUCCAGGGAUUAAGAGGAGAAGCUUCCAAAGACAUCAGAUUGAUGCGGCUAUCUACUUUCAUUGUUCACCACACAUCACAUCCAUGGAGCCAACACAAGCUUCUGGUUUGGCUGCUUUGCUUUAGUCGUCAAUUCUGGAGUUCGAUAAACAGGCCCGACUACAUGGCAUUGCGCUUGGGCUUCAUCACGACUCAUGAACUCCCUCUAUCAUAUGACUUCCAUAACUAUAUGCUCCGUAGCAUGGAGGAUGAAUUUCGAGAUGUUGUCGGCAUUAGCGUGCCUCUCUGGAUAUAUGCCAUCUUCUGCAUAUUCCUGGACUUCCAUGGAAGCAACAUCUAUUUUUGGCUUUCCUUCCUUCCAUCAAUUUUGAUCCUGCUGAUUGGUACCAAGCUUCACCACGUCGUCGUGAAGUUGGCUGUUGAAAUCAUGGAUUCACGUCCCCAGCUGGAAGAUCAUCAAUUUAAACUGAGGGAUGAGCUCUUCUGGUUUGGGAAGCCGCAGCUUCUUUUAUGGUUGAUACAGUUCAUAUCUUUCCAGAAUGCGUUUGAGAUGACAACUUUUAUCUGGUCCCUGUGGGAGAUAAGGGACACUACUUGUUUCAUGAAUAAUCGCAGCUUGCUGGUGAUCCGAUUAACAUUCGGGGUUGUCUCUCAGUUCUGGUGUAGCUUCAUUACUUUCCCUCUAUAUGUCAUUGUUACACAGAUGGGUUCAAAAUUCAAGAAGUCGGUGAUGUCCGAAAGCGUGAGGACAUCACUGCACGGAUGGCAGAGGAGGGCCAAGGCCAAGCACACUCCGCUCCUUAGCGCGACGUCAGUCACAUCCCUGGAUUCCUUGGUGGACGACAUGGACAGAUUCGAUGGCCUAGGCCACCACCAGACCGGCAUCGAAGGAAGCUCUCUGGAUGCAGAAGACUCGUCAUUUUCUCAUCACGAUGAGCUGGAGGAACAGAGUUUCCCCCUUAGAAAUGACGGCGCCCCUGGUCGGCUUCGUUCAGGUCCUAUUUUCGACAUCUAUAGCAGCGACGAGGACUGUGAUCUCGAUGUACACAACGAGGCAAAAGACGGGUCAUGUAUAAACUUCCACCAUGCCGAUGAUCUGAUGGUCAUCGAUAACAAUGAACCUCCAGAGGAGCAAAGAUUGGCAUGAGAGAACACUGCAUGCUCAUCACGUUCAGACACGCGCUGCAAGCAUCUCUUCCCGGCGAGAUCACUACAACACGAGAUGCCGAGAGGAUCGUCCGGCACAUAUAAUCUGUAGCUGCGUUAUUCGUACCGCUCUUGAUGGUUUUGCUCUGAGGUGAAAUCUAGUCAAAUUUGCAGCAUU